UUCCGUUUUCCCAAGAACACACAGUGUACCGGUACGUGGGGAUGAUCGAGAGGCAUUCACAAAAACUGUGUAAACUUAGAUAUCACUUGUGAGUUAUUGAAAGGCCAUUUUACUGAAGAAGAUUGUAUUAUUUCUGUGAGGCAAAAAUGUCAGAUCCUCUUCUAGACAGAUACAAGGCAUCAAUGGUAUUGAGUGGUGUCGGAGAUGCCAUGGGAUAUAAAAACGGAAAAUUUGAAUUCAACUUUGUAGGUGAAGAUAUCCACAAGGAAGUGAAGAAGCUAGGAGGGAUCAGUAAACUUAAAAUAAAAUUGCCUGACUGGAGAGUUAGUGAUGACACAGUUUUACACCUUGCCACUGCUGAAUCUCUUGCAAGAAAGAGUAAAAAUGGCGACAAAGAGGCUUUGUAUCUGGAUAUUGCUAAGAGUUACAAGGAAGGAAUGCAUGAUAUGAGUGGCAGAGCGGCAGUUUCAGGUCCCACAACAAUGCAGGCGUGUUCACAACUACGCCCAGAGAGACCUAAGGGAUAUCAAGUGCCUUUCAACACAAGGGGAGGAGGCUGUGGAGCUGCUAUGAGGUCAAUGUGCAUUGGACUUAGAUACCCAAGACCCGAGGAUCUGGAUGACCUGAUUGCGGUGAGUGUAGAAAGUGGCCGAAUGACACACAACCAUCCUACAGGAUACCUGGGCUCUCUGGCAUCUGCUCUCUUUACAGCUUAUAGCAUUCAAGGUAAACCAGUGAAUUCUUGGGGCGCUGGAUUGAUGUCAGUACUUCCAAAGGCCUUGAAGUAUGUGGAAUCACAAGAAAUAGAUGUGGCAGAAAACCAAGAACAUUGGGGUUAUUUUACAAGAAAGUGGGAAGACUACCUUAGAGUGAGAGGAGUUACAGAUGGCACAGCAGAUCCCACUUUUCCUGAAGUAUAUGGGGUUAAGGAGAGGGAUGAAUUCUAUAAAUCUUGGAGUUUUGCUGGCUGGGGAGGAGCUAGUGGACAUGAUGCACCACUGAUUUCGUAUGAUGCUCUACUUGGUUCAGGCAAUUCCUGGGAGAAAUUGUGUGAGAGGGCCAUGCUUCAUGGUGGUGACAAUGACAGCACAGGGGUGAUAGCAGGUGCUUGCUAUGGUGCUAUGUAUGGUUUUCAGGGGGUACCAGAAAACCACUACAAAAAACUAGAAUACAGAGAUAGACUGGAGAAGGUAGCUGAACAGCUGUAUCAACUGGCUAAUAACUGACUCAUUUUCCAAAACAAUGAAGAAUAGAUAAAGGGGGUUGUAAUUUUAUUAAUCCAGGGUAAAUGAUUAUUAUGCAGUGAACACUAAAUUUGUAAGUGUUGUGAUCAGAGACAACCAGAUCAGACACAUUGGAUAAUAUAUUAAUCAGAUUUUUUAAAACAAAUUUCCAAUUUUUAGCCAAACCAUUUAUAAAUUGGUAAUGAUAAUGAAAUAUUUGUCAUUUCUUAUGCCAAAGUAAUUUGGUCAAAAUAGACUGCGGUCAGUUAGAAAAGAAAAUUGGAGAAGAGGGUUAACUAACAGAAUGAAAUUUUAAUUUAUUAAAAUAAACAAGACAUAAAUUGUAGAACCAAUUUAAUUUCAUUAUUAGAUGCAACAUACCUGAUCAUGAUUUUCAAAUAAUUAGUAGAGGUAACUACAAAUACUGUUCAAAUCGAGUAGUAGACAGCUGAUGUUCUGGGUACUGUGAUAUUUUUAACUACACAAUUAGUAUUGCACUGUGGAUAGAUAAUGUGUAUUUUAUUGAACAAGUUUACAAGGUACUAUCUUUGAACACGAAUGUUAAUAUUUCUCUUUUGAGAAUAUCAGUAAUGUCCACACAAGAAGAAUAUCACUUCACAAAGUAAUUUGUAACACAGCAACUAUGACACCUGAACAAUUGUUAGCCCAGAAUUGUUCAUUUGACCAAAUUUAUUUCUCUGUCCACUAUAAUCUGUGAUAAAUAAAUAUUUAUAUUUGUUUUUACAAUGGUAUUUUACACAUUUUUAAUGACCAACUUCCAGAUCAUGUUUUAGUUGAGAUAAAGGUGUAAUUUAAUCUUUCCUCGUUUUGCUGAAAUUUUUGUAAUUAGUCAUGCAAUAUACAUGACAGGGCUCUGUCAGAUUGUAUUUUGAUAGGUUAUAUUUACAGUAAAUAAAGUAAAAUGCUCUUUUUAUGAUUAGUGUGGAAUUCAGAUACCACUGGAGUUCAUUCUCUGUAGAUGAUUUAGAAAGGAUUAAUCCAAUCUGAGACAGAGUGCUACAGUGAAAUUAUAAGUGAAAUAAAUGUGUACUAAACAGAAGAACAGACUUUUAUGUUUUGUUUUGUUUUUUUUCAUUAAAAUAGCACAAAUUUUGUCCUCAUCCAACAGUUUCACAGUGAUCAGAUAUUGUUAGAAAAAAGAAGCUUGUUAUGGUUGUGGAGAACUG